UCUAGCAGCAUGAGACAUCGCACCCUAACCUCCAGCCCGGCCCUCUGGGCCUCUAUUCCGUGUCCACGCUCUGAGCUGCGUCUGGACCUGGUUUUAGCUUCUGGACAGUCCUUCCGGGCUGUCUGCUGGGAUGCCCAGGUGGAGGGAGCAAAGCCCUGCUCACUGGAGUGGAGUGCUGGCAGAUCAAGUGUGGACACUGACUCAGACCGAGGAUCAGCUCUAUUGCACUGUGUACCGAGGAGACAAGGGCCAGGUCGGCAGGCCUACCCUAGAGGAGCUGGAAACCUUACACAAGUACUUUCAGCUAGAUGUCAGCCUGACUCAGCUCUAUAGCCACUGGGCUUCGGUGGACUCUCACUUCCAAAGUGUGGCUCAGAAAUUCCAAGGUGUGAGGCUGCUGAGACAAGACCCCACUGAAUGCCUUUUCUCUUUCAUCUGUUCUUCCAACAACAACAUUGCUCGCAUCACUGGCAUGGUGGAACGGCUGUGCCAGGCCUUUGGACCUCGACUCGUUCAGCUUGAUGAUGUCACUUAUCAUGGCUUCCCAAACCUUCAUGCCCUGGCUGGUCCAGAAGUAGAGACCCACCUCAGGAAGUUGGGCCUGGGGUACCGUGCCCGCUAUGUAUGUGCCAGUGCUAAAGCCAUCCUAGAAGAGCAAGGUGGGCCGGCUUGGCUGCAGCAGCUUCGAGUGGCCUCUUAUGAAGAGGCCCACAAGGCCCUCUGCACCCUGCCUGGAGUGGGCACCAAGGUGGCUGACUGCAUCUGCUUAAUGGCCCUGGACAAACCCCAGGCUGUGCCUGUGGACAUCCAUGUGUGGCAGAUUGCCCAUCGUGACUACGGCUGGCAGCCUAAGACAUCGCAGACUAAGGGCCCGAGCCCUCUGGCCAACAAAGAACUGGGAAACUUUUUCCGGAAUCUGUGGGGACCUUAUGCUGGCUGGGCCCAAGCAGUGCUGUUCAGUGCUGACCUUCGUCAACAAAACCUGUCUCGGGAGCCACCAGCAAAGCGCAAAAAGGGAUCUAAGAAGACAGAAGGCUAGGUAGGGCCCAGGGGACAAAAGAUGUCACUGAUAUUUUCCCCUUUGUUCUCCAUUUCUCUCCCUUGUCCUCACCCAAGUCAGAAAGGCUUAACAUUCCUACCUCCAAGGCAAACAUCCCAAAUCAAAGUCAGGUUUUACAACAGGGGACAAGGAAGCUAUUUGAGAAAAUGGAACUGUUUUGUUUUAUCUUCCCUUUAUUACAAGAAGGAACAAUAAAAUAGAAACAUUUGUAUGGAAAAUGCAGUGAAGAGUGAGAGGGGAGGGAAGAAGUAUGGGGUCAGAAACUCCCCAGUUCUGGGGUGAGGAGGAAGCAGGCUGCCUCCAACCCCUCACGGACGAAACCCUGACUCCUUGAUGUUCAGUCCAUGGCCCUAGAGCUUGGGGGUGGUGCAGGGGGCAGUUCUGAGCCUGGCUCCACACAGCAGUCUCGACAGCAGCAGCCAGCUGCUGGCCCUGUGUGGAAGGAAAGGGCAAGGGCAGCUGCAGAGCGGGCGUCAGCUCCAGCCUUGUGCUUCUUCACAGACCACCUAUGCCCUUCCACAAGACCCUGGUUCUUACCCCCAGCUGUGGGUGUCAGCAGCUCUCCGUGGCUAGCUGUCUGUCCCUGUCCCUCCUGGCUGGUGCCCAGCUGCAGCUUCCUCAUGUGCCGAACCACAGCGGUAGCAUUGAAAGCUUGCUGUGGAAAGAGGGAAGGGGACUGCUGAAAGGGGGCCUUAUUAAGGGCUUAGGGUCGGCAAAGGGAGUCUCCCCAAGUCCUCCCCAGACUCAGUCAGGUGCUACUAAACUAUAUUUAGUUAUACAUGCAGCACAUGUAUAAAAGCAUACAAAGGAACAUAAAACUAUAAUUCAUGUAAACAACAUUUAUGUGUCUACAUAGCUCUGAGCACAGUGCAUGGUCAUUCAUUCAUUAAAUCCUCACAUCCUCUGA